UGUCCCACUACUACUACACUUAACCAUUUCUUCAAUAUAUAUAUAAUUAAUAAUUUUUUAAUUCACUCCAAUAAUAAAAUAUUAUUAUUUAAUUAGCAAUGGCGAUCGCCGUCGGCCACUACAGGGAGGCGUACCAGCCGGACUGCCUCAAAGCCCUAAUUGUUGAGUUCAUCACCACCUUCCUUUUCGUCUUCGCCGGCGUCGGCUCCGCCAUGGCCGCCGACAAGCUGAAUGGAGAUGCACUGGUUGGUCUGUUCUUCGUGGCGAUGGCGCACGCUCUGGUGGUGGGUGUGAUGAUCUCCGCCGGCCUCCGAAUUUCCGGGGCCCACCUCAACCCCGCCGUCACCCUCGGACUACUCGCCGGCGGCCACAUCACUGUUAUCCGGUCAAUCCUGUACUGGAUUGACCAGCUGUUGGCUUCUGUUGCAGCAUGUGCUUUGCUCAGCUUUGUCACUGGUGGUUUGACAACACCAAUACAUUCACUAGCAAGUGGAGUGGGGUCCAUACAAGGGGUAGUAAUGGAAAUAAUAUUGACAUUUUCGUUACUGUUCACUGUGUACGCCACAAUUGUGGACCCCAAGAAGGGGAAUCUUGAAGGGCUGGGCCCACUUCUAACCGGGCUCGUUGUCGGGGCAAAUAUCAUGGCGGGCGGCCCAUUUUCAGGAGCUUCAAUGAACCCGGCUAGAUCAUUCGGGCCGGCUCUUGUGAGUGGAAAUUGGACCGACCAUUGGGUUUAUUGGGUCGGGCCGUUAAUUGGUGGCGGGCUUGCUGGGUUUAUAUAUGAGAAUUUCUUUAUUGUUAGAACCCAUGUUCCUCUCUCUGGAGAGGAAUCUUUCUAAUUAUUCAAUGUUUUCGUUUUUAGUGUAAGUGGGGUGUUGGAGUAUUUCUUCGUAGUGGAAUUUGGUGAGAGGUCGAGGGUUUAAUAAUAAAAAAAAUUGGUGAUGUAUGUGAUUUGUACGUGUACUUUAAUUGCCAUGUAACAUCUAUGUAAUAACGGUCGAAUGAUCGAUCACGAUCAAUUGCGAAAGUCGUCGAUUCUAUUUUCUUUUUCGUGAA